CACUGGGCUUGAGCUUGCUCGCGAUGCCCUUCCACGGCGACCUGGUGGGCGCGUGGGAGGUGACCCUGAGCGACGGCGUCCACUCGGUCGAGUUCGAGCACGGCACGACGACGGGCAAGCGCGUCAUCCGCGUCGACGGCAAGGAGAUUGUGCGUCGCGACUGGAUGUUCAAGCUGGUCGGCCCGGAAGUAUUCCUCCUGGGGAAGAGCAACGCCCGGUGCGUCAUCAAGGUGGAGCCAGUCGGUGGGUUCAGCUACUCGUACGAGUUGGAAGUGAAUGGCAAGAGUUAUCACAAGUUUAACGAGAACCAGAGUCGUGCUAUGCGGACAUGGCUAGUGAACCUACCUUCAGAUGAACAGUACAGAGUCGUGCUCGAAAAGGACACUCUUGACAUUUGGGCUAAUGGACAGAAACUGGAAGCAACUGGGGAGUUUGUGGAAGAUGGGACGGAGACACACUUCACCUUAGGGAGCUGGCCAGCGAUUAUAAAAGCUGUCAGUAGUGGUAACAGACGUGAAGGUAUUGUACACUCCUUGAUUGUGAAUGACAGACUGAUACCUGAAGCAACAGAUUGAUAACUACACAGUUAUAACAAAAGAAAGUGAAAAAUUAACAAAUUGAGUUUAAAGAGUAAUAUUUUAAGUAUAUUUGUGAUUUACCAUGUUUUGUAGUUAUUUUAAAUGUUUAAUACGACUGUUAAGAG